AGUCUCUCUACCGGAAAAGAAAAGACUCAGAGGAACAACCAAGGCGAUCUGUGGCAUUGAACAAAAUUCCCCAUUUUGGAGAUAUGGCUGAGUGGGGAGGAAGUGUCAAGAUUGAUGCUGUUCCCAUGUUUCGUCAAUUGCAGAAAAGAUUCCAAUUGGUGCCUGAUGACUAUAGACUGCAGAUCUAUAACAGAAGAGAACGUGUCGAUCAGGCAGUCUUCAGGACAAAAGGACCUUCACCUGCUUCAUCUUAUUUUCUUGUGGAGUUGUAUCCCAGGAAUCUUUUCUUGGAUUUUACAUCACACGGACCCAAUGUUGACUUUCGUUUGGACAAUGAGGAGCUGAACAGAGCAUUGUCAGAAGUUACCAAGAGAGAAGCGCAUGGACCCGAAAGGCCAAUAUACAUCUUCCUUCAAUACCAGAAACCUAAGAUGUCAUUCCUCAAAAUGGUAGCAAAUGAUACAGAUUGCCCACACUGCACACCCACAGAUAAACAGCCUGUUCUGGAUUACUAUGAGGCGGCACUUGCAGAUAUGCCUAACCGGUUUCUGGAACUAAACGAGAUUGAAACGAUGUAUCAUUGUUUAAAGGAAGCUGAGAAUUGCUGCAAGGUUGCUCAAGUGGUUUUUCGGGACGAUCAAUGUGAGGUUGCAUUUGGACCUGGUUAAAAGAUUUGAGUAGAACUUUUCAUGUUUCAAGAAUUAAUGGUAAUAACAACCUUCACAUGAUACAAUCGAGUAUAGUCAUUACCAAAUUUACACGUUUCUGUGAAUCCCUCCCUGUUCUAAAGCCAGACAUUUACUAUGGUAAGAUUCGUACGAUUUAUAUUAGAAAGAACACUCACUUUUGGGAUGCAUUUUUUUUUU